UUAUGGUAAGCCUAUAUAUGUUGCUACUGUGGUAAAUAAAUAUUCAUAAAUAAAUCUUUAAAAUUAUUUUUAAACGACUCCCGAGGAAACUGAAAAUUGAAGUCAUACUGUCAUAACUUGAACUCAAACUGAUCAGAAAAGUCCAGAGGGCGAAAGCUGUAAACCGAUCUGAUAUCCAGUACGGUAUAUCUUUCAAAUCUAUCUUAAUUUCUGCACUUUACUUGAUAAACGCGGGCGUAGCGGUGGUGCUCAUCGUGCUAAGCAUUAGCAAUACGCUCGUCACCGCAUCUGUAAUUACUGAAUUACUCUGCGUGGGUUCGAAUCCCAUGAGAGGAUGGUUAUGUGCGAGAGGAUUGCUGGACUCCUCGCCGCCGUAGGGUGGUUCACAUAACCGCUGGUUGGUACUCUCCCCCGGGAUAAAUAUGUGUAUCCUAUCCUAAACCAAUCAACCAAUUCAUUUUGGUGGCUCUAGUAUAAAACAAAAUUAAAGUCUUUUUGUUUGGUACCGUGACCUGAUAACUGACUACUGGACUAUGUCAAAUACUGAAAUAAGAGCUACUUUGCUAUUAACACAUACAUAUAUUUAUAUAUUAUAUAUAUUUAUUGUGACUAGUUCUCUUUCAUGACCUAAUUAUAUCAUUCCAUGAUUUUCGAGUACUACUGUAGAACCUAAAUUUGUCUUCUAUGACGAUGAGUUCCUAUUGUGUGAGAAGAUGUCUUGUAGUAAGGUCUUCAAAGGAUUUAAUUUAUACGUCAAGAUUUUCAAUGUCAUCUUAUGAAAUCAGAAAAAAGUUCAUUGAUUUUUUUCAUAAACAACCCAACCCUGAAUUCAUUUCUUCAUCAUCGGUCAAACUUCUCAGCGAUCCCUCAUUACUUUUUGUCAAUGCCGGAAUGAACCAGUUCAAGCCAAAAAUAUUAGACACUAUUGAUCCAAAUGACAAAAUGUCUUCAUUAAGACGAGCUGUUAACAGUCAAAAAUGUAUACGUGCAGGAGGGAAGCACAAUGAUUUGCAAGAUGUUGGUAAGGACACAUCACACCACACAUUUUUUGAAAUGUUGGGUUCAUGGUCUUUUGGAGAUUACUUUAAAAAAAAAGCUUGCGAGAUGGCACUUGAAUUGUUGACUGAACAAUUUAAAUUACCCUUAGAUAGAUUGUAUUUUACCUAUUUUGGAGGGGAUGAUUUACAAAAACUAGACACUGAUACGAGUACAAGAGAUGUGUGGAAAUCUCUUGGAGUACCCAGUAAGAACAUUUUACCAUUUGGAUUUAAAGAUAAUUUCUGGGAAAUGGGAGAUAAAGGGCCAUGUGGGCCUUGUACAGAGAUUCAUUAUGAUUAUGCCGGAAACGGGCGAGAUUUGGUAAAUGCUGGUCAUUCAGACGUUGUUGAAAUAUGGAAUUUAGUAUUUAUGCAAUACAAUAGAAUUACAAAUGAAGAUCUGGUAUAUUUACCAACAAAUCAUGUUGAUACAGGAAUGGGAUUGGAACGAAUUACUGCAAUUUUGCAGAAUAAGAAAUCAAAUUAUGAUACAGAUUUAUUUCUACCUAUUUUGAACCAAAUUGGAGAAAUUUGCAAUUGUCCAAAAUAUCAAGGUACAAAUACUCCUAUAGACGAAGCAUACAGGAUUGUUAGUGACCAUAUACGUAUGCUAGUAGUUGCAAUAUCUGAUCAUGUUUAUCCCGGGAAUGCAGGGGCUGAGUUAAUCUUGAGGAGAGUGUUACGUCGAGCUUACCUCAAAUCAAAACAAAUAUUACAUGCUCCUGAUGGACUUUUAUGUGAAUUAGUUCCAAUUGUAGUAGGUUUCUUAUCGUCACAUUAUCUGUACAUGAAAGAUCGUCAAAUUGACGUAAUAAGAAUAAUUCGCAACGAAGAAGAUAGUUUCAUUAAUGUUCUAAAAAAGGGUGAAAAAAUAUUCAAUAAAGCUAUAAAGAAUAUUAGUAAGAAAAAAAAAUUUUCCAAUGGAAACUGCUAUUCUACUAAAGAUAUUGUUUUGGAUAUUGAUGAAUUCAAUAGAUAUCAAGAAGGCCGAGAAGAGUUGAAACAAUCAGGAAGAGAAAUCGAGAAUAAACAAAUGAAACAAAAUAUUGAAAUUACAUCAAAUAUUAUCAAUGAUAUGAGGUCGAAAAAUAUUCCUGCCACAGAUGCACAACCAAAAUAUAUUACUGUAAGAAAUAAUGAUACUAGGUCAUAUAAUUUUCCAUCAUUAGCUUCAAAAUUGUUAUGUGUUAUUUCAAGCGAAGGCAAAUUAUUGGACACUGUCGAACCUGGUCUCCACUGUGCUCUUGUUUUUGAUAAAAGUUCUUUCUAUUAUACUGAUGGUGGACAAGUUGCAGACAAGGGAUCAGUGGAUGUUGAUAACACAGAAGCCUUCAGUAUAUUGGAUGUCAAUUACGCUGGAGGGUACAUAUUUCAUCAUGGAUACAUUUCUAGAGAAUGUAUGAGUCUAAAAGUUGGGGAUGAGGUUAAAUUAUCGCUAAAUCCAGCAAGAAGACGGGCAUGCAUGCGGGCUCACACUGCAACUCAUAUUAUUAACCAUGCAUGGAGAGAAAUUAUCGUAUCUGAUAUUAUUCAACAAGGAUCGAAAGUAGAUGAAGAUAGCUUUCGAUUAACUUUGAAUGGACCCACACCAACAAGCUCUCAACUCAAUAAAAUCUUACAAGUAGUUCGCACUCAAAUUUUAUCAGAUGGUAAUGUGGUUGCCAGUAACAUUGCUUUGAAUGAUGCUCUUGAUGAUGGUAACAUCCGAAGACUAACAGACAAUAUAUAUUCUGAUCCAGCUAGAAUUAUUUCUAUUGGUAAAUGUUCUCAAAAUAACCACUCUGUUGAAUUAUGUGGUGGCACACAUGUUCAAAAAACUGGAGAUAUUGGGCAGUUUGUUAUACUAUCUUGCAAAAGCCAGGGAUUAAAUAGAACAACUGUUAAAUGUUUAACAGGAAGGCCAGCUGAGGACUCAGAAUCAUGCCUGAAAGAUGUCCAGACAAGAGUUUGUAAACAAGUUGAUGAAAGCAAAAAAUUAUUGUCUGAAAAUGAUAUCUCUGUUACGACGUACAAAAAAAUAAAAAAACAAAUUGGCCAAUUGUAUCAUGAAGUUAUUAGUGCUGAUAUUUCAACAAUUUGCAAAUCUGAUAUGCAGGCGAAGUUGCGUCAUCAGUCACAACAAUUAUCCACAAAAAUCAAAAGAAUCAGCCUAAAAUCUAGUUAAAGAAUGUAUAUAUACCAACUUUAUAUUUUUAUAUAUAAUAUUUUGAUCCAAAUGAGUAGUAAGGGUUAACCUUCUAGGAUUAUAAAAUUUAUCAAUAUGCUUUUGAUCAUUUAGAUAAAGUGGUAUUGUUUUGACAUUUUUUCUCAGUUCCUCUAUCCAAUAUGCAAACUCAAGGCAUAUUGAAUAUUAUAGUACAAAUAAUACAAACAUAAUAUUCAGCAAGAAUCCCUUCUUUUGAGAAGUUUUCAACUAACUGUGAGGCUGCGUUUAGCUUUGAUUGGAAAUUAUUUUGGAUAUGAAAAUGAAUAGGUCUACCAAAUUUGUCAUUAAAUUAUUCAAACAAUUUUUUAUUAUUAACAUGUUUGUUACUUCAAUUUCUAG